AUGCAGUCUUCAAAGACCAGGGUGAUUGUUCCACACGGCCUCAGGAGCCUGCUUGAGGGGGUGAGCCAGGCUGUCCUAGAAAACAAUCCAGAUGACGUUGCUGAGUUUAUUGCUCUUUAUUUCCAAGAGUUCAUCGCAUUUCGAGAAGAGAAUCCAAAUCUGGAUGUAACAGAACUGGUUGAAAAGUUUGAGUUCGUUAGCGAAUAUGGGAAUGAGGAGCUGGAAGAGAAGACAUCAAAGAACACAGAUACUUUGCUUUCUGGGGAGCCCAAGCAACUGGACAAGUGUACUGCCACAGAGGAGGAUGAGCUCCUUGAAGAACCUGAUACUCAGUAUAGCUCCAAAGUAACUCAACACCCAUCAAUUGCCAGCUCCAUUGCAGAAAGCAAAUUCUCCUUUGGAUCUGAUGGACCUUCAUCCCCUGAGGGACCUGAACUGGUGUAUGUCCCUGCUGAGCCUGCACAGCUUGCUGCCCAUGUGCUAGCCACAGCAGCAAGAGAAGCAGGACAGCCACCACCACCUUCUAACGUGUGGACCCUCUAUUGCCUAACUGACUUGAGGCAAGGUCAAGAAUCACAACCAUCCCUUCCUCUGGCUGGAGCUGGUGGUCCUUGUUCUCAGGCAGCCCUCAGUCUUUCCAGGGGGCAAGAUCAACAAUGUGGUCAGCUGUCACAACGGCCUGCUCCAAUUUAUGUGAUGCAAGAAGCAAGCAAGAAGGGAAAUGCUCCACCUUUCAUUUUAGUGGGCUCUAACAUGCAGAACACAGAGAACUGGAAACCUGUUCCUGGCCAUGCUGUCUUUGCACAGCAAGAUGCUGGUGCUAGGAGGAGAUUUACUACAGUCCCCGUGCCAGUGGCCAGGCCAGCUGAUGAGGAAACAGAUUCAACAAGCCCCAGUUCUAAUUCUGCAGAGGAAGCUGGUGCUCAGCCACGCACACUUGAUGCUGUCUUAGUUGCCAUCCCUCUGGAUGGUGUGAUGUCUCCAAAGAAAGGCUCACCAGCUGCUGAUAAGCACACAGGUAUAAACACUCUUGCAGAAAGUUAUGGUACUGCAGGAUAG